GCCUUCUAUAUAAAUCAGCUAUAAUUUAGCCAGCUGCCUUCUGCUGUCAUAUGAAAAUGGACUUUAAUGAAUUAAUUGACAUUUAUUUUACUUCAAAGUUUUGAAUUAGGAGAAGAUCUCGUAAUACAGUUUCUGCACUAUGGAGAUGUUGCAUGGAUUUUAUCCCCACAGCCAAAACUGCACUAAAUGGAAUAUUAUUUUUAUUCUUUACUUUUUCCUACUGCCUGCAGUGACAGAAAUAAUGGCACAGAGUGAAACAACAAAUGCAUCAACGAAUUUACCUUCACCAGUUUCAAAUGAAAAAACAUCUUCAAGCACCACAGUCCCUGCAACAGCUCCAAGUCUCACUCGAUCCCCCACACUUUCUCUAACUCAUAGCAUUGCAGAUCUAACUACAAAAGAUGCUAUAAAAGGGGCAACAGUAAUGACAACGCUUAAUGUACCAACAUCACAUUUGGAAAGUACAGCUAAACUGGAUACAGAAGGUGCAAAAUUAACAACUAGCAAAAACAUGAUUGCAGAAAUGUCCCAAUCUACAACAGUAGCAGUUAAAAAAAGCACUCAAACAACUUUGGACACGACUUCAAUGAGUGCUGAACGCAUAACAGUUUUUAAAGAAACAUCAGCAACUACAAUAUUAAAUAGUGAAACCACAGCUAUUAAACCUACAAAAGAUACAAUAGAAACUAGCAAUGGUCAAACUGGUAUGACUACAGAAGAUAAAAAGGUAACAACAGUAGAAAGUACAAAAUUGACCACAGAAAAUAUAAAAAGUACAAACGUUAUUACCACAGAAGGCAACCUAGUGUCAUCUGUUACAAAACCAAUGUCAUCUGCUGAAGGUGACACAACAUUAAAAACAGAAAUAACAACAGGGACAAUUAGGUAUGACAACACCAUAAGUUCAGCAGGGACUACAGUAUUAACUAGUGCGGUUGCAUCAGUAGCAGCAACAACAAAAGAUAAAACAGGAGAAUCCGAAGGAGUCACAACAUCAGCCGCAACUAUCGAAGGGACAACAGGGGUAACAACAGACCAUGAAAUAACAAUGCAAACAGAGGCCACAACAGUGUUUGGAAAAACAAGUAUGGCAACAGCGGAAGCCAGCAGUAUCCCAUUAACAAUUACUCCACAGGGCACUCCAACAUUAACUACAGAAGUUACAACCAUGCCAACUAGAAAUGAGGAAACAAUGACAACUACUGGGGGCAUAACAUCCAUUUCAGAGAGCACUUCACUAACAACUACUUCAGUGGCAACAACGUUGGGGACAACAAUAGAAACACCAACUCAUGUAAUAACAACCGAAGAAAAAACAUCAGCAACAUCUGCAGAAGGUACAUCAGCCACAACCGCAGAAGGGACAGUGGUGUUAACCACCACCAAUGCACUAUUUCCAACUCAGGUAUCAACAGUGGCAGGUACAGAAACCACCAAAGCCUUAACAUCAUCAACACCAGAGGACAGCACGGCAUUAACCACACUAGUCGCAACUUUAACUGCAACAAUUACCAAUCCAAUAGUAACCACUGAAGGAACUACACUUGAAACAACAGCUUCAAUUACAAGCCCAGGACAAAUAACAACAGGUGGAGCAGUCACAACUGCAGAAAGUAUAGCAAUUACACAAGGCAGCACACCAACAACAAUGGAAAAUACAGUUGUAACAACUUCACAGGGUACAUCAAUUCCAGCUUCUGAGGGUUCAUCAGCAGCAGCUACAGUCCAUACAACAGAAUUAUCCACAUAUGUUUCAAUAAUGUCAGAAAAAUCUAGCAUUAUGCCAACAACAGUGGCUCCAGAAGGCACUACAAUAUUAACUACAGGAAGUACAACAAUAAUGAGCAGCUCAUUGUCAGAGGGAACUUCGGUAUUAACUACUGAGAACCCAACAGAAGCCACAACAGAGUUUGGAAAAACAACAAGUAUGGCAACAGCGGAAGCCAGCAGUAUCCCAAUAACAAUUACUCCACAGGGCACUCCAACAUUAACUACAGAAGUUACAACCAUGCAAACUAGAAAUGAGGAAACAAUGACAACUACUGGGGGCAUAACAUCCAUUUCAGAGAGCACUUCAGUAACAAAUACUUUAGUUACAACAACGUUUGAGACAACAAAAGAAACACAGACUCAUGUAAUAACAACUGAAGAAAAAACAUCAGCGACAUCUACAGAAGGUACAGCAGCCACAACCACAAAAGGAACAACUUUGUUAUCCACAAAUAGUGCAUUAUUUUCAACUCAAGUAUCAACAGUGGCAGGUACAGAAACCACCAAAGCCUUAACAUCAUCAACACCAGAAGACAGCAUGGCAUUAACCACACUAGUCGCAACUUUAACAGCAACAAUUACCAAUCCAAUAGUAACCACUGAAGGAACGACACUUGAAACAACAGCUUCAAUUACAAGCCCAGGACAAAUAACAACAGGGGGAGCAGUCACAACUGCAGAAAGUAUAGCAAUUACACAAGGCAGCAAACCAACAACAAUGGAAAAUACAGUUGUAACAACUUCACAGGGUACAUCAAUUCCAGCUUCUGGGGGUUCAUCAGCAGCAGCUACAGUUCAUACAACAGAAUUAUCCACACAUGUUUCAAUAAUGUCGGAAAAAUCUAGCAUUAUGCCAACAACAGUGACUUCAGAAGGCACUACAAUAUUUACUACAGGAAGUACACCAAUAAUGAGUAGCUCAUCAUCAGAGGGAACUUCAGUAUUAACUACUCAGAACCCAACAGAAGCCACAACAGUGUUUGGAAAAACAACAAGUAUGGCAACAGCGGAAGCCAGCAGUAUCCCAAUAACAAUUACUCCACAGGGCACUCCAACAUUAACUACAGAAGUUACAACCAUGCCAACUAGAAAUGAGGAAACAAUGACAACUACUGGGGGCAUAACAUCCAUUUCAGAGAGCACUUCAGUAACAAAUACUUUAGUUACAACAAUGUUAGAGACAACAAAAGAAACACCAACUCAUGUAAUAACAACUGAAGAAAAAACAUCAGCGACAUCUACAGAAGGUACAGCAGCCACAAAUACAAAAGGAACAACUUUGUUAUCCACAAAUAGUGCAUUAUUUUCAACUCAAGUAUCAACAGUGGCAGGUACAGAAACCAUCAAAGCCUUAACAUCAACAAUACCAGAAGACAGCAUGGCAUUAACCACACUAGUCGCAACUUCAACACCAAAAAUUACCAAUCCAACAGUAAAUACUGAAGGAACUACAUUUGAAACAACAGUUUCAAUUACAAGCACAGAACAAAUAACGACAGGGGGAGAAGUCACAACUGCAGAAAGUAUAGCAAUUACACAAGGCAGCACACCAACAACAAUGGUAAAUACAGUUGUAACAACUUCACAGGGUAUGUCAGCCUCUGCUUCUGAGGGUUCAUCAACAGCAACUACAGUCCAUACAACAGAAUUAUCCACACAUGUUUCAAUGAUGUCAGAAAAAAAUAGCAUUAUGUCAACAACAGUGACUUCAGAAGGCACUACAAUAUUUACUACAGGAAGUACACCAAUAAUGAGUAGCUCAUCAUCAGAGGGAACUUCAGUGUUAACUACUCCGAACCCAACAGAAGCCACAACAGUGCUUGAAAAAACAACAACAGAGGCCAGUAGUAUCUCAAUCACAAUUAGUCCACAAGGCACUCCAACAUUAACUACAGAGGGUUCAACCAUGCCAACUAGAAAUAAGGAAACAAUGAAAACUACCGGGGACAUAACAUCCAUUUCGGAGAGCACUUCAGUAACAACUGCUUCAGUUACAUCAGUGGCAACAACGUUGGAGACAAAAACACAAACACCAACUCAUGUAAUAACAACUGAAGAAAAAACAUCAGUGACAUCUACCGAAGGUACAGCAGUCACAACUGUGUUAACCACUAAUUGUGCACAAUUUUCAACUCAGGUAUCAACAGUGGCAGCUACAGAAACCACGGGAGCCUUAACAUCAGCAACACCAGAAGUCAGCAUGGCAUUAACCACAUUAGGCACAACUUCUGAACCAGUUGGGUCUACUGAAGCCUCAACAGUUGCAGUAUCAGACCUCAACACACAAAUCACUACCAACCAAGUCACAAUGGUGACUGCUAUAGAAAGUUCAACAUCAGCAGUUGCAGGGGUCACCACAUCAAUAAUUACAGAAAGGACAGCUUUAACAACUUCAAAAAGAGAAACAUCUAGUGUAAGUACAGUUUCAGCACUUACAGAAGGUACAACCGACUUUAGCACAAAAGGUACCUCAGUAUCAUCUACAGAAGGUGUACUGGUAACCACGGUAGAAGGUACCACACCCAAAACCACAGAUGACACAAAAGCCUCAGAAAAAACAUUUGCAGAGAGCACAACAUUAUUAACUACUCCAUUUACAUCAACAGUAGUAAUUACAAAAGGUACAGUAACAGAAAAAACUGUUGAUACAACAACAGCUUCUUCAGUGGGAAUAUCAGUAGUGACUACAGAACACACAACAGCAAUAUCCACAGAAAAGGGCAACAUGUCUACACAGGCAACAACAGAAACUAACACUGGUCCAACAAAAUCAACAACACAGGGCACUUCAGCCUCAACUACAGUAGGUGCUAGUUUGAUGACUACAGAAGGUAAAGCAGUAACAACUAAUAAAGGAACAACAGUUAUAGACAGUACCACAAGAUUAGCUACUGAUGAUGCAUCCAAAAAGGCACCUACAAAUGCAAUAACUACAUCUACAAAAUAUACAACAGCUGGUAUUACAACAGCAACCAAAGAAGGGACUUCAGCCAUGACUGCAGCAACUACAGAAAUAUUGACAGCACUCACAACCAAUACCACACCAAGCUCAACUCAAGUAGCAACAGGGCUAACAACAAAAGAUUCUAAAGACACAAUAGCAACAACACAAGGUACCAUUAUAUUAUCUACAUUAGUCACUUCUGGUAAUACUGUUAGUAUUACAGAAGGCACAACAGUUAAAUCUCCAGAUAUCACAACUGGAAUAGCAAGUAUAAGUGCAGCAAUUACAGAGGCCACCACGCCAAAAACUACACUAAAUACCGCCCUAACAACUUUGGAAAGUAAAACAACACCCUCUAGUGUAGGUUCAUCAGCAUUCACCACUCAAGGCUCAACUCCAGUACCUACAAAGGGAUCAACACAAAUAACUACAGACAGUACAACAGUGAAAACUAUGGAAGGUUCCACAGCAAUAAUUACUAAAAUUACCAAUCCAGUAACCGAUAAAAAUACAGCCAUAACAAAUUCAGAUAGUAAAAUAGGAAUGACAGAGACUACAUCCAUGGCCAUGACUACAAAAGUCACAAUAGCAAAACCUGCCAUGGGUACAUCAGCUGAAGGAGGAUCAACAGUAACUACUGAAGAAACUACGCUUGAAACCACAGCUUUAUUUACAAGCACAGAACAAAUAACAACAGGGGGAGCAGUCACAACUGCAGAAAGUAUAGCAAUUACACAAGGCAGCACACCACCAACAACGGAAAAUACAGUUGUAACAACGUCACAGGGUACAUCAAUUCCAGCUUCUGGGGGUUCAUCAGCAGCAGCUACAACAGAAUUAUCCACACAUGUUUCAAUAAUGUCAGCAACAUCUAACAUUAUGCCAACAACAGUGACUCCAGAAGGCACUACAAUAUUAAAUACAGGAAGAACAACAAUAAUGAGUAGCUCAUCGUCAGAGGGAACUUCAGUAUUAACUAUUCAGAGCACAUCGUUAGCAAAUACAAAAUUUACAACAGCAGAAACUUCCAUGGGUGUGAUAACAAAUGUAGAAGGUACAAAAGUAAAAACCACAGCAGGAGGAGCAACUGUAUUAUCCACAAAAAGUUUAGAAGUUUCAAGACAAGUUACAGUGGCAACUACGGAAACUUCAGAGAGUACCCCACUACCAAUUACUGGAGUUUCAACAACAAUAUUUACAGAUGUGGGCACCAAGUUAACUAAGGAAGGUACUGCAGAAACAACUGAAAGUGUAGCGACAGCAGAAACACCAACAGUUGCAAGUGCUACAGUAACCACAGAGAAAAAUUAUACAGAUAUCACAACAGCAUCAACAACAGGUACAGCAGCAAGGACAGAGGUAACAACAGGGACAACAAAAGAUAUGACCAAAAGCUCAAUAUCAAUUCCAGGCACUACAUCAACUACAAGAGGGAUUUCUACAUCACUUGCCAUAACAUUUAGUAAUACGGAAUCAGUUGGUGUUAGCAUGGAUAACGAUCCAAUAAUUUAUGUGAAUGUGACCAUGCUGGAUGCAUAUACCAAGAUGAAACAAACAGAUACAGAUGACCUUCCUUUUUGGGCUAUUAUUCUCAUUGGACUUGCCUCGGCAUGUGGGAUGUUCUGUACUUUUUGGACAUGCUGUGGGUUGUUGGCUGGUCGGCGGAAAGAUCAAUAUGAACUUCCAGUGUAUAAUGUGCAUAAUAUAUGAAGAAGAAAAAAAGAUUUGAAAGGUGGUCACUGAAUGUUUAAGAUUUCUCCCUGAAAAUUUCAGUCAGCUUCAUACAGUGAUGCACUUCUAGAACUAUCAACUUCCAGAAUGAAAACAAUAAAGUGGUUGUAAAUCCUUAUAUAUACCCAGUGAAGUGACUGGCCUCCUGUGAUACACAGAGAAGAAACAAAUCCUCCUGCAUAUGUUGUACCUAUUUAUCUGUAACCCUGGCUGUUCUAUAGCUGUUGAAAGUACAACAGUGAAUGUUACACACAGCACAGCAGAGAGCAUGGAGCUGAGUGUAAUCUGAGGCCUGAGGGGAGUGAAAGGACACACCCCUUCUACACAGUCUCAUAAGGAAAUAUGCACAGCUGAGGCUUUCAACAACCUGCUGUGUUGCUGAAGGAGGGUGGGACAUCUUCCGGGAUUGACUGAUGUUGGCAUGGACUGGCAGAAGUGACUCAUGCUGAUAGCAGAGACAGAGAUCACACUUGGUGCUUUGGAUGGAGACAUGUACACACAAUAGAAGAAUAUGCUGUGUUUAUUCUUCAUUUCAGAGGUUUACAACCACUUUUGGCAAUGUCAAUACACCACACAUGAACUUAAAAAUAAUUGACAUUUCUAUCUGGAGAAGAAUACAGAGGACAAGGGGACAGUUGUUGCUUAUGAAUUAUAAAAGAUGUCACAUGAAGCAUGAAGUUCUGGUUUACCACUCCCGUGGACAAGCUAAUGCGGUAAUUCACCAGAACAAGUUCUUUGUAAGCAUAACGCAGAGCCUUUACAUUUAGGUCACAUGACUUAGAAGGGCCAAUAGAGGGCUUUUGGAUAAGUCAGUCCCCUCACAAUAAAAGAGGGAGGUCAUAGCA